CUGCAACUACCCCCCAACAACUUUAUCGACUUUCACCCUUUACGAUCACCAUCCAUCUCUGAAUUGCACCUGAGAAUUGUCGCGAUGGCAUCCGGUCGCGAUGUGCGUGACAUGCUCGGCUUGCCUAUGGGUGGUGAUGCUCCCAAGGCCGCUCAAAAGUCGCGUCCCAAGCCAGCAACUGGUGUACGAAGACCACAGGGAGUUGCACGCGAGGUUGCAGCGCUUUAUGGCGAACGACCACCUCCAGUUGCAAUCUACGAAGAGAAAAAGACGUAUAGGGCGAAGAGGCAGAGCACGGGACCAGCAAAGAAAUGGGUUCAGCAACCGUUUACAAAUCAAGCACGAUCCGACGGCCUCGUCCUUCGACAUUGGCGGCGGAAACCCACCACGGCACCACCGAUUACAAGUGGCGAAGAUACAGUGAUGGAGGAUAGUGAGAGCUCGGAGCCAUACAUCGAGUCGAAUGGUGACUUCAUGAAGUACAAUAUCGAGGUGGAGGUUCCGCAAUUCACAGACGAAGAGUAUGAUGCACAUCUACGGAGCAACGAUUGGGGAAGGGAAGAGACGGACUAUCUAUUUCAGAAGAUCAAAGACUAUGCGUUUCGAUGGGCCGUGAUAUGGGAUCGGUACGAUUUCCAGGCAGAGCGGCCGCAGCCCCCACAGGACGAUGCCAACGGAGACUCCACGGCUCUUGCAACGCUUCCUUUUGCUCCUGCGAAGGCACGCACCGUCGAGGACCUCAAAGCUCGGUAUUAUGAUAUUGCUGCAAAGAUCAUGAAACUUCGUAUACCAGAAGUGCAGAUGGACGCGGAGCAAUUUGCCCAGUACGACCUUCUCACCAAGUUUAACCCUGACCUUGAACGCAAUCGCAAAACACUCGCUGCAGCAUUGAUGAAUCGCAACAUGGACGAAGUCAAGGAGGAGGAGUUUCUUCUUACAGAACUUCAACGCAUCAACAUGGCCGCAAAUCGUCUUGAUGCGGAACGCGAUGAGCUGCGCGCUCGACUUGAAGCACCUGCGCCGCAGAAACCCGUCGAGCCGGGUCUUACAGCCUUCCCGUCCUCUCAACAACUUGCUACUCUAUUUAAUCAAUUGUUUCAGCAAGACAAGAGCAAGAAGCGAGCACCUGGUAAUGGUCCGGCCGGCCGACUUAGUCUCUCUGCGAACGAAAUGGUCGCGACCCCGGGAUCUGCCCAGCAGCAACAAAUGGCAGCGGCAAACCGCCGACAGAGCGUGGCGCAACCGCCGCCUCAAACGCCCAUCCGCCAGUUGGCACCUCAGCAGGAGAUCCGCUUCAACGUGUCCACGCACGAUCGACUCACUUCAGGUGUAUCCUUUGGCUCAGACAAGCUUCUGAAGAUGAGACAGGCGAAGUCAAAUGUCCAGACUCAAAAGAUUGCAGCCGCGCUCGCCCAACUCAGCAUACCCGAGAUCAUCCCCAUCCCCACAAGCAAAGUGGGCGACGUUUUCGAGGCCCUUAUAGGAAAGGUCGGAAAGCUGCUCGAUGUGCGCAAGGUCAGGGAGAAGGAAGAAGGCGAAUGCCGCGUUCUGGAGGCCAUGAAAACCCGCCGGGCGAGCGAGAGCCAGGCCGGGGCUGGAGAUGCUUCGAACGUCAACGAUUCGAGCGCAAAUUACACGCCUGCCAAGUCCGAAGUUGCGGAUUCCCAGGAUACACCCGAUGUCGAUGGUGACGGAGAGGAUGAUGGAGACGAUGGAGACAAUGACGGCGGGGAGGGUGAUGGUGACGCAGACGUUGAUGCUGAAGGCGAAGAGGACGACGACGAGGAUGCAGAGGGUGAGGACGCCGAUACAUCUGCUGCACAGAGCGAGAGGAGAGGAAGCACGAGCACCAGAGCUGUGUCUGCAGGUCACAAGAGGAGUGCGAGCGUGCUUUCUCAAGCGAGCAGUAAGAGUAAUAAGAGGCUCAGGAAGUAGAUACCCCUAUGCUGUGUCGAAUGGGCAACGGCCGAAAGGCAACAAACAAGUUUUUCGCGCAUACCACAAGGGGGUCUGGAAGGAAUGGUAUCAAAUUCUGGAAUUGAAUUGAAUUGCAUAGCGCUGGCGUCCCUGGGGGUUCGGUUUGGCUCCUCUUUUGACUCGGUAAAAAGAAAGAAGUAGUACUGAAUUCUACUUAGUAUGGGAAGGAAUGGUUAAUGUAGCAUAGUGUCUCACUCAUAACUAGCCAUGCCAUUGUAAUCUGUCAC